AACGACCCAGAAGCGGAAGCAAAAACAGAAACAUUCGCACUGUGAUUGAUGCCUUUGCUCUUCCGUCGCCGGAACGCCAGGAAGAGGAGCGUUUGUUCCGCCGCGCCAGCUCUAGAGGGCGCUCGCUCGCUCCUCCGGCCGUGGUCUCUCGGUUUGGUUCCGCGCCAGCUUCCUCCUUCCCGCGUCGCUCGCUCCUCCGCCCGCACGGGGGCGCUGCUCCGUCCUGCGCUCUGCCCGGCCGUGGAGUGCUGGGGGGUGUGUGGCUUCCGGCCCGCAGCCACCUUCCUCCUUGUCGUCCUCAGCAGCCUCUGCCUGCAGGAGCCGCCGCCGCGGAGCGGGCUUGGGAUGCCAAGAUGGCGGCGGCGGUGUCGGUCUUCCCCGGCGUGCGGCUCUUAACUAUCGGCGACGCCAACGGCGAGAUCCAGAGGCACCAGGAGCAGCAAGCCCUCCGGCUCGAGGCCCGCACCGGCCCCGACGCCGCCUGCCUCGCCCUUUACAGCCAAGAUGACGUUUGCGUAUUCAAGUGCUCUGUGUCGAAGGAGACGGAAUGUAGCAGAGUUGGCAAACAGUCCUUCAUUAUCACACUGGGGUGUAAUAGUGUCCUUAUACAGUUUGCAACGCCAAGUGACUUCUGUUCAUUUUAUAAUAUUUUGAAAAACUGCCGGGGCCACAACACGGAGCAGUCUGUGUUCAGUGAGCGCACAGAGGAAUCGUCUGCUGUGCAGUACUUCCAGUUUUAUGGAUACUUGUCCCAGCAACAAAAUAUGAUGCAGGAUUAUGUCAGAACCGGCACCUACCAGCGAGCUAUCCUGCAGAACCACAGUGACUUUAAAGAUAAGAUUGUAUUAGACGUUGGCUGCGGUUCUGGCAUCCUGUCAUUUUUUGCAGCGCAGGCUGGAGCAAGAAAAAUCUAUGCAGUGGAAGCCAGCACAAUGGCUCAACAUGCAGAGGUUUUAGUCAAGAGUAACAACCUGACUGAUAGGAUUGUGGUCAUUCCUGGAAAAGUAGAGGAGGUCACACUUCCAGAACAGGUGGACAUCAUUAUAUCUGAGCCAAUGGGUUAUAUGCUUUUCAAUGAACGUAUGCUGGAGAGUUAUCUGCACGCCAAGAAGUAUUUAAAGCCCAGUGGAAAUAUGUUUCCAACAAUUGGCGAUGUCCACCUAGCACCAUUCACAGAUGAGCAGCUCUACAUGGAACAGUUCACAAAAGCUAACUUUUGGUAUCAGCCAUCUUUCCAUGGGGUGGAUUUGUCAGCACUUCGGGGUGCAGCUGUAGAUGAAUAUUUCAGACAGCCUGUUGUGGAUACUUUUGAUAUCAGGAUUCUAAUGGCCAAAUCUGUUAAAUACACAGUGAACUUCUUAGACGCCAAAGAAGCGGAUUUGCACAGGAUAGAAAUCCCAUUCAAAUUCCACAUGCUGCAUUCAGGUCUAGUCCAUGGGUUGGCUUUCUGGUUUGAUGUAGCCUUCAUCGGUUCAAUAAUGACUGUUUGGCUCUCGACUGCUCCCACAGAGCCUUUGACCCACUGGUACCAAGUUCGGUGCCUCUUUCAGUCUCCACUUUUUGCUAAGGCUGGUGACACCCUCUCAGGGACAUGCCUUCUCAUCGCCAACAAGAGGCAGAGUUAUGACAUCAGUAUUGUUGCUCAAGUGGAUCAGACAGGCUCCAAAUCCAGCAACCUCCUUGAUCUGAAAAACCCAUUCUUCAGGUACACGGGUACAACUCCUUCACCCCCACCAGGCUCGCACUACACAUCUCCUUCAGAGAACAUGUGGAACACAGGUGGCGCCUACAAUAUGAGCACAGGGAUGGCUGUUGCUGGGAUGCCCACAGCCUAUGAUCUCAGCAGUGUGAUUGCUGGUGGCACCAAUGUUGGCCACAACAACCUAAUUCCUCUAGCCAACACUGGGAUUGUCAAUCAUACCCAUUCCCGGAUGGGAUCCAUCAUGAGUACAGGGAUUGUUCAAGGCUCAUCUAGUGGUCAAAGUGGAGGGACAUCAAGCACUCACUACCCUGUCAACAGCCAGUUUACCAUGGGGGGGCCAGCCAUUUCCAUGGCCUCUCCAAUGUCCAUCACCACCAACACAAUGCAUUAUGGGAGCUAAGAGGCCCUUACCCCUGAUCUUUGAACUGACAGCACCAGGAAACCAAAUGAAGAAAAUUUCCACCUCCCUGCCUGCUGCACCUCAACAGUUUGGCAAUCACUUCUCUGGAUCUCUUCAACUCCUCUCAUUAGGCUCACCAGAGAGAUUCUGACCAUUGUACAAAAGACAACACCCCCAUUGGCUCUUUGAUAGCGAACUUGUUCACUUUUUUAUGAAAUGUUGGAAACUUCAACUUACUCGACCAUGACCAAGUCCCUGCGCUCACUGUGUCUUACAACCAAUCAUGUCACUAAAUGGUAUCACUCUUCUUCAAUCUCCCAUGACUGAUGGGCGUUAGGCACAGGCUAUAGAGCAGAACUGCAACAGGGCCUUUCAGUAGUACUGUGGGCAGCCCAGCAACAGUCACUUGAGCCUUCAUCCCUGCCCCCAGUAUUCUGAAUGAAGGGGCUGCAGUGGGCUGUAGAAUGGGUGCAGGUGACAAUCCAGCUGCAUAUCCUUCAUCCUUAGGCUGAUUUCUCACCUGCCCCAGCCUCUGGGCUAGUGCUUGUUGCUUUGCAUAGACUUGGGAAGUGUGUCUCCUAUAGGAAUGGGAAUGCAGAGCCCCAGCCCUCCUGGCUGUUUGAGGAGUUCCAGUAUCUUACUGCUGUAAUUCUUGGGCCGUUGGAAGAACAUCUGAGAUAGACUGUUGUGGCACAAGCAUUUAAUCAGCAGGUCUGAUAAUUGUGUCUCUCUGGGGAAAUCUUGAUGUAGCAUCAGUGGGUUAAACAAUUUAAAACAUGAAUGUACCAAAAACAAAAAAGGUUGCUGGCUAAAAAUGAAUAGUUUGUGUAUCAGUUCCCUGUUGCUCAUCUUGAUGGGUGUGCCCAGUUCUGGCCCCAUUGCCCGCUCUGCAUUCUCUAGGCUGUUGCGGCUGCUGUCUGCCCCUCCCUCUCCUCACCUGGGCAGGCAGUGGGUACUGGGUGCCAAGUGGCUUAGUAUGUAGACUUGCCUGCUCCCUGCAGUAGCCACCAGGGAUUCUAGAGUAGAUGGUUCUGGCAUCUGUUAUGGAAGCCCCUAUUCCUUUGUAGUCUUUGUAUGUGUAACCUGUAACCAUUUCUCCUUUUUAAAAGAGCCACUAGCUGGCAUUCUUGAAAGGAGUUGGCAGGGACCCAUUUUAUGGAGGAAAAAAGUGUGUUUUAUGUAGAAGUUUCCUUUGACUCCCAACAUAGGCUUACUGGGCUAAUAUUGGGGGGAGGAGGGCAGGGGCAUUGUGCAGAAGCUCCAUAGUGGCUGAAUUGUGGGGUCUACACAAUUGUUAGGUCUGGCUGAUCAAUGAUUUUGUGACUAUUGAAUAAAACUGGGAGGGUUUUGAAGA